AUAUUCGUUGUGCUCAAACUCACGGUUUCUGUGUAGUAACUAGUUAGGGUUUAUCGAGGAGGGAGGACCUUUUAGGGGAGGAAAUGGAUUCAACCUACUGCGGAAUCGGUUCAAGUAAAGGUAGGUAACUCGAAACUUCCAUCAACUCCAUUAUGUUUAAGUUCGUAGGCAAAAGCAGCAAAAUUCUUGCUUAUGAGAAAUAUUGUAGUGGUAUUAGAAUUUCAACUACUCAGAAGUUCCAUUUUAUACAACUCAACCCAUUAUCAUCCUCAUCUACACAAGCUAGUAAAAAUUCCAUCUUGAAUGGUAAAAUUGACGUCCCACAUUCAUUUACUGUCGAUUACCUUAUAAAAUUAUGUGGGCUUUCUGAAAAAACAGCAAUUUCAGCUGCCAAGAAUGUGAAUUUUAAAACCCCAGAUAAACCAAAUUCGGUUCUUGCAGUGUUUAAAAAGUGCGGUUUUACUGAUGCUCAAGUCUCAGAUAUCAUCUCAAGCUAUCCCAGUGUCCUUGUUUGCCGUCCCCAAAAGACCCUUUUGCCUAAGAUCGAAUUUUUUCAAUCUGUGGGGUUCUCAACUGCUGACAUCGCCAAGGUGCUAAGCUCCGGAGGAAGUUUACUAACUAGAAGUUUGGAAACCCAAAUUGUUCCAUCACUUAAUGCCCUUCGAGAUUUGUUUACCUCUUACCAAGAUUUGGUAUGCCCGAUAAAGAGGUGUCCAGGUAUUCUCACAAGACGUUUUCAGAGUUUGAUGUUAGCCAACAUUGAGUUUUUGCGCAAGGUAGGAGUUCCUGAACCCAAUAUCCUAAAUUUGCUGAAAAGUCAGCCAAGGUUAUUAGUGAGACCUUCUGAUGUACUGAAAGAAUCUGUGGAGGAGUUGGAGAAAAUGGGGCUUAAUCCUCAGGAUGGAUGUUUUGCAAGAUGUUUAUGGAGAAUGGCAUCAAUUGAUAAAAAACCUUGGAGGGAAAAGAUGGCACUGUAUGAGAGAUGGGGUUGUUCUGAGAAUGAGGUUCUAAUUGCUUUUAAGAAGCACGCAAGCAUCAUGGCCAUAUCAAGCGGUAAAAUCAUGGAUGUUAUGGAUUUUUUGGUCCUCAAAAUGGGUUAUGACCCUUCUGCUAUACUGAAAGCACCAUUCAUAGUUACUCUGAGUUUGAAGAAAACUAUUAUUCCUAGGUGUUUGGUUCACCAAGCUCUUUUGAGUAAAGGUUUGUUGAAGAAGAAUGUUAGGCUGUCAACUUUACUGUCAUAUCCGGAGAAGAUCUUCCUUAAGAGGUUUGUGGAAUGCUUCGAGAAGGAAGCUGCUGAGCUCCUAAAAGUGUAUCAGGAAAAGCGUAAAGAGAGGGCGACUCUGGAAGGGCAGAGGACCAAGGAGGAGUUAUGAAGUUGAAGCGCAGAAUUUAGCUUUCCCUGCUAAGCAGUUGAGGAGAUCAUCAAUUCUUUCACAGCCGUGUUAAAAUGUUUCUGUACCAACUUAAAAAAGGGAAAUACAGAGUGAAGAAAGGCAAAGCAAAUUGUAAUUUUGGACUUGGCUCCGGCAAAAUAGACACUGUCUGAAGGGUUUCCCGACAUCUAUUGAUGAUCAACUCAACUGUAGGUGUGGUGGGCCAAUUCCGCAGCGUCAUGCAACAUAAGGGUUUGUUUGGAUACUAAAAUUAUUCCAAAUAAUAUUUCGCUUGCAUUAUAAACACAGUUUUCAACUCACUUUUUUACAUUUUCAACCAUCUUUUUAUUUCACAUACAUCACAUCAUAAAAAGUGCUACAGUAAUUAUUCCAAAUAAUAUCCUAUCCAAAUAAUAGUGUGUGAAUUUACAGAAAUGGUCCUUACUCCUUAGCAUUAAAUUUUGAAGUUAUGUUUCAUGGUUCAACCAACUUCCACACAACAUUUUGUAAGUGUGUUUGAAUCUGAGUUUUGCUAUUCAAUCGGAAUUCCGCAUUUUGACUUC